ACAUCACAACCUUCAGUUGCUGCUCAGGAGACUUGCAAUGUGUGGCAUGUGAACUUAGAAGCCAUUCCAGAGUGGGUGAAAUGUGUCAUUGAAAAGGCACAGUGGACAAUUGGAAAACUGCACUGUCCGUUCUGUGAGGUGUCCUUAGGGGGCUUUAACUUUCUUUGCAACACAAAAUGUUCCUGUGGACAGUUAGUAAAUAUACAUUUCUGCAAAAGUCGGACUGACUAUCAGCCUCAUUUCUCUAUUAAACUGGCAAAAUCAUCAGGAAAACAUUUACCUCUCCUCCAAAUUCAAUCCGGCUUUAGCAAGGAUACCUGCCAUGAAGUGGUAACUGCAACUUUGAAAAUCAAAAAUCAAGGGCUUUCACACAUGGCCAGAAGUAAUAAUGGUACUGAAAGAUUAACAGAAGCACUUUGUCUAGAAGUAAGAACUCCGAGAUUUGAGACAAAAAGUAAAAAACUUCUCUUAAAGGCAUUAAAUCAAAAAAGAAAUCUUUCUGCUUCUUCUCCUAUGAAUUAUGCAUGCACUGUAAAACGUUUUCACAGAAGAUCACGUAGUUUGGAUUUAAAUAUCAGAGAGAGACUUGUUUUGUCACCUGCGUUAUAUGAAACUUGCAGCAUGGGAACAAUUUACCAUGGCCAAAAGGAAAAUCCACCUGUUUACACACGAAAUAGCUUGCAACUAGAGUCCAAUAGGAAAAAUGUUAGUUCUUUUCAGGACUUGUAUAGUUCCAGUGCUGACAAACUACAAAAAAGGUUUCGAGUUACUUCCAUUACCACAUUACUACAUACAGAAACAGAAAGAGAGUGUGGUAUUGAAGCUACUGGACAGUCUUCUGGGACUGCCAUUGCUGAUGGGUCACCUUUUGUGAUGAACCAUUCUUCACCUACAAGUGCUGUAGAAGAGGAACCAUACAUCACACCUGUUGGUCUUGUGCAGCCUACCAGUAUUUCCUUCAACCAAAAGCCAAAUAAGAGAGAAAGAAACAAGUUGAAAAGCUUGAGGAGAAAACAAAGAAGGCGAGAACGGUGGCUACAGAAGCAA